AGCCCGUAUGGCGGCGGCCAGGCCUCACAGUGUGGGCGUUGUCUUUCCCUUAAAGCUUCGCGGGGGGUCAGGAUUUAAUACCAUUUGACUCCUUCCUGAGUGAUCCCCUCCCGUGAGAACUCAUGAUGUCUCUGUCGGACGAGGAGGACAAGCCUCCCGCUCCUCCUGUUCGCCUUACCAGCAAUAGGGAUGCUAUCCAGCAGAUGCCCAUGGAUAUGAGGCCACUUCCCAAAGAACCAGAGGGAGAGGAAAGAAAGAAAAAAUUCAAGACAAAGAUCAAGGGGACCUAUCACAAAAGGGAGAACGAGAAGCCCAAUAUUUCCUAUCCUACAAAUUUUGAACACACCGUACACGUGGGAUUCGACCCUGUGUCUGGAGAAUUCACGGGGAUGCCAGAGGAGUGGAUGCGACUGCUGCAGUCGUCUAACAUCAGCAAGCAGGAGCAGAAGAAGAACCCUCAGGCCGUCCUCGAUGUCCUCAACUACUACGACAGCUCCACCAAACAUCCGCCGCCCACCAAAUACAUGACCACUGCUACCAAAGUUAUCGACCACUAUGUUCCAUGCAUGCUGGAGCGAUUCCAACCCAUGCCUUCAGGGCACCCACACCAUCCCAGUCCGGUGACACCCCCGACGACAUCUCCACCCUAUCUCUACUUCCCCAACCAGGAUGGGACGGGGGAUUCUUCAUCGACAUCUGCCACCACAACAACAGAGGAGGAAGAGUUGCCUCCUCCCCCCAUUGCAACACGUCCUGAGAAGACUAAAUCCAUUUACACAGCACCAAGAGAUGAGGACCCUGGGAAAGCAAGUAAUGGGAAUAUCCUCUAUGACAAUAAUAAGAAUGCUGCCACCCCAAUUGCACCUCCUGCUGGCGUGGGAGAGAGGCCAAAAAAGAAGAAAUUGAGUGAUGAGGAGAUCCUUGACAAGCUGAGGACCAUUGUUAGUGUUGGGGACCCCAAGCGCAAGUACACCAAGUUAGAGAAAAUUGGACAAGGAGCCUCAGGGGAGGUGUUUACAGCCCUGGAGAGUGCAACGGCACAGGAGGUGGCCAUUAAGCAGAUGAACCUGAGCCAGCAGCCCAAGAAGGAGCUGAUCAUCAACGAGAUCCUCGUCAUGCGAGAGAACAAGCACCCGAACGUAGUGAACUACUUGGACUCGUACCUGGUUGGGGAGGAGCUGUGGGUGAUCAUGGAGUAUCUACCUGGGGGGUCCCUGACGGAGGUGGUGACCGAAACUUGCAUGGAUGAGGGGCAAAUCGCCGCUGUGUGUCGUGAGGUCCUGCAGGCGCUCGAGUUUCUCCACCGUAGCCACGUCAUCCAUCGGGACAUUAAGUCGGACAACAUCCUCCUGGGCAUGGAUGGUGCAGUAAAGCUCACGGACUUUGGGUUCUGCGCCCAGAUUUCCCCAGAGCAGAACAAGCGGACUACGAUGGUGGGCACGCCGUACUGGAUGGCCCCUGAGGUAGUCACUAGGAAGCAAUAUGGACCCAAGGUGGAUAUCUGGUCCCUGGGGGUCAUGGCCAUUGAGAUGAUCGAGGGAGAGCCUCCUUAUCUCAAUGAGAAUCCACUUAGAGCCCUGUACCUGAUAGCAACAAAUGGUAAGCCAGAGAUCAAGGAAAAGGAGAAGCUUUCAAGCGACUUCCAGGACUUCCUUGAUCGCUGCUUGGAAGUGGAGGUCGAAAAACGCGCCUCUGCAUCCCAACUCCUCCAGCACCGGUUCCUGAAACAAGCAAAGCCACUGUCAAGCCUCACGCCACUAAUAAUCGCCGCCAAGGAAGCGGCCAAAGGACACUGAAGGUCAAGGUCACUUUUAGCGAGCAGGCCCACUGCUCAUCCCUCCCUAGUCAGUGCUUCCCUCAUGUGACACAAAAGCAGAAUCCUUGCAUUCCACCACCUACAUUUUCUGUGUGUUUGGUAAUCCACUCAAAUCUUUGUUUCUCCUGAUGCUGAUGGAUUGAUCCAACUCCAGUCAUGCUGAAUCAUUUGGAUGUCUCAAAUUUCAUUGUUAAAAUAUCUCCACAGAUGCUAAUCUGAGCUUUGCUUUUGGAAAUACCAUUCCAAGUGACAUCUGCUGUGGUGAAUGAUAUACAGUAUCUCGUUUUUGUAUGCAACAUAACUUAUUCUUUUGUUUGGUUUGGUAGGGUGGGAGGAAGAAUGAAAGAGAAAAUGCCUUGAAACACACCUUGACCUUCGAUGAAGGUCCUAGCCUUCUUAUAUCUUAUAUCUUCCCAUAAAUUGAACUGAGGGACAAAAGAGAGGUCAUUUCAUGUUCACCUAGCUGUCUGCUUCCUUCAAAAAAUAAAGUGAUUUCAUAUGA